CUGCAGAUAAUUAGGCGUGGUGCAACCCCAGUUUCGAACCAAAUACGAAAUUGCAGGUAUUUUACGUCAAUUGGGAUUUCUGGGUACUUUUAACUUUAAGCUUUCCUGCUCCUCUGUUCCUGAUUUGGAACUAAAGGUUUUCUUAAAUUACACAAUUCGGGUUGGUUGAGUUUACUUUUAGCUCGAUGAUUCUCAAAAUAUAAAUUCUUUCUUGUACUUCAGCUCGGUGAAGUUUUAAGUACAAGUUUGUUGUUAUCCUGAUGCGGUGAUGUGGAUGUCAUGACAAUUUAUGUGUAAACAUUUACUUGUGGAGAAUUUGUGGUUGCUUGUGGUAGAUGAGAUUUAGGACUCAUAUGGAAUUUUAUUAUCAAUGUGCAGCCACACUUGGUUUUGCUCUGAAUUAUUUGAACCGACUUCUUCAUCACGAAUUUGAUUUGGUAGGUCAUGGCAGAGCCUAAACUAAUAGCAAUUUGCCAGUUGGGGGGCGAAUUUGAGACUGAUAAGGAUGGUUCAUUAUCUUAUAGAGGUGGUAAUGCUCAUGCUAUAGACAUUGACGACCAAAUGAAGUUUAAUGACUUUAAGAUGGAAGUUGCUGAAAUGUUUAACUGUAGCAUCAAUACUAUUUCUCUCAAGUACUUUCUCCCUGGCAAUAGGAAGACUCUCAUUACUAUCUCCAAUGAUAAGGACCUAAAGAGGAUGAUAAAGUUUCAUGGGGAUUCUGUCACCACUGACAUUUAUGUAAUAUUGGAAGAUAUUGUUCUGCCUGAUGUCUCAAACUUGCCCGCCAGUAGAUCAAGCAGAACAACUUUGUCAGAAGCAGUUCCUCCUGUUGAUGCGCCUCUGGCUAUUGUGGAUGAUACCAUGCAAUCUGCUAUCCAACUCGCUGGACCUCUUGAUGUUGUAGUUGAUACCAAUCAUGUUGAUGUUCAUGUUGAUGAUGCACAGAUUGAUCAACCACUUGACAUUUCCCCUAUUCUUCCUCUUGUUGGUUCCACUGACGAUAGGCAUGGUAAAGGUGCACAACAGUGGCAAAAUACUAUUACUGGAGUGGGUCAAAGAUUCACCAGUGUUCAUGAAUUUCGUGAAUCAUUGCGUAAAUAUGCCAUUGCACAUCAGUUUGCUUUUAGGUAUAAGAAGAAUGAUAGUCACCGUGUGACUGUUAAAUGCAAAGCAGAAGGUUGUCCUUGGAGAAUUCAUGCAUCAAGAUUGUCAACCACUCAACUAAUCUGUAUUAAGAAGAUGAAUCCAACGCAUACAUGUGAAGGGUCUGUAGUGACAACAGGGCAUCAGGCAACUCGAAGCUGGGUGGCUAGCAUCAUCAAGGAAAAGUUGAAAGUUUUUCCAAAUUACAAGCCUAAGGAUAUUGUAAAUGACAUCAAACAAGAGUAUGGGAUCCAGCUAAAUUAUUUUCAGGCAUGGCGUGGAAAAGAGAUUGCAAAGGAACAACUUCAAGGUUCAUAUAAAGAGGCAUAUAAUCAGUUACCCUUGUUCUGUGAAAAGAUAACAGAGACUAAUCCAGGCAGUCUUGCUACUUUCACUACUAAGGAAGACUCGAGUUUCCAGCGCCUGUUUGUCUCAUUCCAUGCAUCAUUAUAUGGUUUUCUUCAAGGUUGUAGGCCUCUCCUUUUCCUUGAUAGUAUACCAUUGAAGUCAAAAUAUCAAGGCACAUUAUUAGCUGCAACAGCUGCAGAUGGGGAUGAUGGUGUAUUUCCUGUGGCAUUUGCUGUAGUAGAUGCAGAAACUGAUGAUAAUUGGCAUUGGUUUUUAUUGCAACUGAAAACUGCACUAUCAACCUCUUGUCCCAUAACAUUUGUGGCAGACAGACUGAAGGGUUUAAAGGAAUCAAUUGUUGAUAUAUUUAAGGAAUCAUACCAUGGCUAUUGCCUUCGGUACUUGACUGAGCAACUUAUUCGGGACUUGAAGGGACAGUUUUCUCACGAGGUGAAGCGACUCAUGGUUGAGGAUUUGUAUUCUGCUGCUUAUGCACCUAGGCCUGAAGUAUUUCAGAGGUGCAUAGAAAGCAUUAAAAGCAUUUCACUAGAUGCUUAUACUUGGAUCAUACAAAGUGAGCCUCAAAAUUGGGCUAAUGCAUUCUUUCAGGGUGCUAGAUAUAACCAUAUGAUGUCUAACUUUGGAGAGAUGUUCUAUAGUUGGGCAUCAGAUGCUCAUGAAUUGCCGAUAACACAGAUGGUUGAUGCAAUACGGGGUAAGGUUAUGGAGUUGAUUUACACACAGCGGGCAGAAUCUGAUCUGUGGAUGACAAGGUUAACACCAUCCAUGGAGGAAAAACUUGAAAAGGAGAGCUUAAAGGCCCCCUCCCUUCAAGUGCUACUGUCUGCUGGUAGCACAUUUGAGGUUCGUGGUGAAUCAGUUGAAGUGGUUGACAUUGAUCGAUGGGAUUGUAGUUGCAAAGGGUGGCAGCUAACUGGUUUACCUUGCUGCCAUGCUGUUGCAGUCAUUAGUUGUAUUGGAAGGAGCCCAUAUGAAUAUUGUUCAAGAUAUUUCACAACUGAGAGCUACAGAUUAACUUAUUCAGAAUCAGUUCAUCCUAUACCAACUGUGGACUGGCCUGUCCCGAAAGAUUCUUCUCAACUUACAGUAACUGUAACCCCUCCUCCAACCCGACGCCCUCCAGGACGACCCACUACAAAGAGAUGUGGACCACAAGAUGUAGCUAAACGUCAGCUCCAGUGCAGUAGGUGCAAGGGUCUUGGACACAACAAAUCCACCUGCAAAGAGCUUUUGUAGAGUGUUAGAAGAGCUUUGUAAAGUUUAAGGCGCUGUAAGUAUCAGUUAUUUGCACAUAGUGCACUUUAUAAUAUCUCUUUCAUGACACUGGAACUAUUGGUUUUCUUUAUUGACUACUUCCAUUUUUGAAUCCUAUAUGAACAGAAAUUGAUUUGCAUUUCUAGGUUUUGCUUUCAAUAUACCUAUACUGAAGUCCGUAUACAGCCAUAUAUAUCCAGCUACUUGCUGCUUCAAAAAUAUUGGUCAACAAAAUGGCCAAGACAGCUUCUUUUCUAUAUAAACACGCACUUGUACGUUUUUAGAUGAGUCUUUGCUUUGGAGUUCCUGAGAUGCAAUCUGUAGAUGCUAUUGAUGUAUUCAGCUAAUCAAAUGUUCUCAUGUUUGUCAGAAUCUGUAAAUGCAACGUUAACGCUCUCAUAUCUCAUCAAGGACCGGAGGCAUCAGGCUGAAACUGAAGGAUACACAAAAACCUGCAAUGUUAUGACAAUAAACCUGAGCCAUGGGAAUCAAUCUUUAGCAUUUUAGGGUAGUUUUUGUGUAGCCAGUGUUCUUUGGUAUUUAUUUUUUACUUGAAUUCAUGCUAUAGCUCGAAUAACAAGCGAUGACCAUGGCAAUAAUGCUAGGGAAGCAUGUUCUAGCUUGAUGUAAACAUAAGAGUACUGGUUCUCAAUAUUUGCCGGUGAUAUGAGGAAAGGCUUUUUCACUUGUCAA